GGGGAGGGAGUGCCGGAAACGGAAAUAAGAGUCUUUGUUUUCAAAGAGGGAAAUUUAAAAAUCGGAUGGCGUUAGGAGUCAACAGACGAGCGGCGGAGCAAAUCUUCAAAAGAAGAGAAAAGAAUGACCGCAAACUGAGCUUGUUCAUCUUUAACAGGAAGUUUAAUUGAUAAAAACAUGAAGAAGACGAGGAGGCAGCAAGACACUAAAGUAUCCAGCAACACGGAGGAUUGCUGCGCUCUGUGCAGGUUCAGUGACGAUGACCCUGCCAUGUACGGGGAGAAGGUGACCCUCAAAGAGCACAAACUCUCAGUCCACUACUUCUGUUUGUUGACAUCUUGUGGAGUUUACCAGCGUGGUGAAGAGGAGGAGGGCAUCUUUGGGUUCCUGGUGGACGACAUAAAACAGGAGAUCCGCCGGUCGGCUCGACUGAAGUGUCACGGCUGUAAGAGGAAGGGAGCGUGUGUCGGAUGUAACGUCAGGAGCUGCAGGAAGAAGGUUCACUUCCCCUGUGGGAGGAAACAGAUGUUCAUCUCUCAGUUUACUGGACUGUUUCCGUCUUACUGUCGGGAUCAUGGACCGUCUCAGUCUCUAUGCGUGGCCUCAGACAUCAGCCUCCCUCAGUCCUGCUCCAUCUGUUUGGACUCCAUCGACCCCAUCCUGUCCUACUCUGUCCUCAAGUGUCCAUCCUGCCACACCAGCUGGUUCCACAGAGACUGUGUGCAGCGUCAGGCCCACAGUGCAGGCCUCUUCUUCUUCAGAUGUACUCUCUGUAACAACAAAGAAGACUUCCAGGAGGAGAUGGUUCGGAUGGGAAUCUACAUCCCAGAGAGAGAUGCUUCAUGGGAGUUGGAGGCCAAUGCGUAUUCAGAGCUUCUGGAGGUUUACACCCGCUGUGACUCUCUCACCUGUCUCUGUGAUGACGGACGCACACACUCCACCAAGAGCGGAUGGUUUGAAGUGAUUCGGUGCCAGCUGUGUGGAUCCAAGGGAACUCACAGGAAAUGUUCAGGGUUGAAGUUCAACACCAGAGACUGGACCUGCAGUGACUGCACAAAGGCCACAGAUGGGAAAGCAUCCCUGGUUACGUCACCUCAGGUAGUUCAGAAGAGAAGCUUAUUCUCCAAACGCCACCUAUCUCCCAUCCAUUCCUCAAUCAGCUGUAAAAGACCAUCCUUACCUGUAAGAUCUGGAUCACCUGAGGAGUUCCUUCAAUCUUUGGUUCCUGAGCUUCAUCCUGUCAGCAUCCAGGUGGAGGUGGAUGGGGACCAGGUUCUGUCAGCUGGCCUGAAGCUGGUCAGGAGGGCUGACUUUGAUCCCACACACACUCUUUCCGUCAGGUUCAAAGAUGAGAAGAAGACUGCAUUUCCCGGCAACCUCCAGGACCCAAACACAGCAAGGCAGUACUUCCUGAAGCUGCUGAUGCAGCAGAUCCAAGACUCUGUGGUGUUUGAAGGUCCGUAUGGAUCCAAAAACCUGGCACUGGACUAUCGAGCGCUGCGUGAGGACCUGUACUUUGACAUCGGCUGUCUGCUGGCCAUCUGUCUGGUUCAUGGCGGUACACCUGUCUGCUUCUUUUCCCACGGCCUCUACCAGUGUCUGUUCAACCACCCGGCCAACCGCCCACUCACUGUGGAGGACAUGACCCCUGAAACACACUUCACCCACCAGCUUACUCAGAUUGCAAAGGCAGAGUCUUUAGAUGACCUGAGGAAAGUCAUGCUGGAAAGCUGGGAGUACCUGGAGCUGGCUGGCUGCAACCGACCAAUCAGCAGCCUGGAGGAGAGAGCAGCUCUAGUGGAUGAUCUGGUCAACUUCACCAUGAUCACCAGGAUGCAGCAUCCCCUGCAGAGGUUUCAGCAGGGUCUGCAGACUUUGGGUGUGUUUGAACAGGUCCAGCUCUUCCCCUCGGUCUUCUGCAGGGUUUUCUGUGAAGCUGCAGAUCAUCUCACGGCUCAGAUGCUCAGUCAGCUCUUCACCGUAAACUUCUCUGAGCAGGAGGAGAAAGUGAGCCGAGAGACGGCCAUCAUCAGCUUCUGGAGACACUUUCUGCUGGAGUGUGAAGUUGGACGGAGCUCCGUCUCCCUGCAGGACAUCCUUCUCUUCACCACCAGUGCUGAGGAGCUGCCAGCAGCAGACCUCCUGCCUCCUCCCUCCAUCUCUUUCCUCCACCAUCCCACCUCCUCUCAACCAAGAGAGGAGGAGAGAGGAGUGGAGUGGGAUGAAGGCCUUUUCCCUCAGAUCAAACCAGAGACCAGAGUCGUCCUCCUGCCCGUCACCUCCUCCUACCAGGCUUUUAAAAGCUCCAUGGAGCAGGCCAUCAGCCACCAUGUUCACCGCUUCCCCUCAGACGGUUAGAGGAGGAGGAGUUUAGAUUUAUCACAGAUAAACAUCCAUAUUCUUUUAAUUUUUUCUUUUUUAGAGAUUUGAAUGAACAUUCUGUUAAAGCUGUUUAUUUUAAAGCGCAGAUCUCAGCUAAAGACAUUUAUCUGAUUCGUCCAGAUGCUUCUUGCUUUUUUGGUGAAUAUUAACAUUUGUUUUGGUGCUAAAUAGAAGCAGGUUUUAAAGCAGUCUGUUUUUCUACAUGAUUUCAACCAUGGUCUCCAUGGAGAUGGAGGAGGAGGAGCUCCAGGUGACAUGUCAGCAGUUAAUGGUGGCUGAAGCUCCGGUCCGGUGAAGCUGGUCGCAGCAUCUGGAGAAUUUGCUGCUCUGUUCACGCAGCGUUUCUGAUCUUUACGGGACGCCGGCUGGAUGGAAGACAUGAGAAGUCCAGUCUGUUUGCAGGGGGACGUUUACCUUCUGAGACAACAUCCAACAGUCCAAGAGAUCAGAUCCGUCUGCACACCAAAGAGGCCUUUAUCAGACCACAUUAACCACACACACCAACUCAAAUACAGAAGUUAUCCACAAAAAUCAUAAAACAUCAAACUGUUCAAAUCUGGCAGGUUCUCAUUUUGUAACGCAGAAGAAGCCGAGGUGAGCUCUUUCUGUGGUCUGAGGUAGAAGCUGCAGUACGACCAGGACGCUGUAACCUCACCUGUAAGGACUU